CCCACUUUGGCAGCACCUACAUCGACGACGGAAUUGGAAACACCUCCAACAAGUCAAGAAAUUGCCCAGGCAGUACUUUCUGACCCACCUGUGAACUCCACCCCGUCCACAGAAUCAACGCCGAAUCUCGCCAAGUUGGCUGCCGGUGGUGAGGCUGCAAAUUCGAGCCCUAUCCAAGUCGCCAUUGUAGAAC